AUGACGUCUGGCCAGGCUUCUCAGGGUGGCUCUGCCCGAACAACCUCACCGACCGGGUCUCUCUACGCCAUGAGCGACGAUGAAGAGGGUGGCUACGAGACCAUCACUCACACGGAAUCCGGGAGAGGAGUGAAGCUGCUGUUUUCCAAGAGCAAGGUCUACGUCCAUCCCACACCAUCUGCAAAAGACAACAUCUGUGGCUAUAUAGCUCUGCUACAGCAGAAGGGACCAAGGCGUGAUCGUCCCUCUACGUCAUCUUCGACAAACAGUAUCGCCUCGUCGGAUCUUCUUCUUGCUUGGGUUCCCGAAGCAUCGCUCGGUGACUCGGCGAGCGUCUAUGUCAAAGUCGACCUCUCCGAUGCCGACUCCCCCCCAAAGCAGUCAUACCUUGUCCCUCCGCCUCCCACCGUGACCUCCCACGGCAGCUCCGUUGGCGGCUACGCAUUUGCCAUCCCCGUCAGCGCCAUAUAUUCUCUCAUGGUCCGGCCACCGAGCCUGGGCUGGUGGUAUGGCUCCAUCAUUAUCAACUCUCGAGGAGGCGACAGCUUUCCUGCUCUGUUCUUCCAUGAUGACGAGUGCCAAAGCACCAUUCUUCAGAAGAAGAAGCUGGCCCGGGACAACUUCGAUCCGUUUGGCGAGAGCGGCCAGAUGUUUUGGGGUGCGGAUGAAGUCCUGCGAUGGCUGAGGAGAUAUAUCAAGAUUGAGAGGUCCGGAGCAGAGCCUAACAUUUAUCUCAUUGAGCCGAGUAAAGAAGACCUGGAAAGCUUUGGCGCCAAAAUGACAACGACAAAAGCACAAGGAAAGGCCAAGGCUGGGAGCUCGAGCAAUAAAGAUGCCCAGAUGGAUCCCUUUAUCAAAUUUGUCAAGGAGACCGGCUGGAGCCUCAUGGAGCAGUUUAGCAAGGUGACCACAUUGACCAGGAGAGCGGCGCAAGAUUUGUCAGAGAAUCCUAACCUGCCUCCUCAAAUGCGACGGCUACUCAGAAAUCCUGAAGUGCAAACACUCCAAGACGAGUUUGACAGCGCAAGGAUCUACCUUGCCAGGUGGGCGAUGGGCAUGGCGGAGCAGAGUGAGCGUGAUCAUCGACAGAGAAUCUGGACUGUUCGAGAUGUUAUGGAGCUUGAAGAUACCGAUGUUGGAGAAUUUGAGCUUCUUGAUGGAUCAAACUCUAUGUCGUUUGAAGACAGGAAACAGCCUCUAUCGAUAGAGGAGUGGGAUGCGUUCUUCGACCCCGAGACUGGACGACUCUCCAUCUCUGUUGAUGAAGUCAAGGAGCGCAUCUUUCACGGUGGCCUAGACGCUGAUGACGGAGUUAGGAAGGAAGCCUGGCUCUUUUUGUUGGGCGUGUACGAGUGGUACAGCACACUUGAUGAAAGAAAGGCGACCAUCGCCUCCCUUAGAGACCAGUACUACAAGCUCAAGCAGUCUUGGUGGAUUCGACUAGAGGGCGAGGGAGGAGAAGGAGAGGACGGCGAAUGGUGGCGUGAACAACGCGGGCGCAUCGAGAAGGAUGUCCAUCGAACUGAUCGAAACGUCGCCAUCUUCCAUGGAGAAGAUACUCCUCAUCCGGAUCCAAACUCACCCUUUGCUGAAGUUGGCACCAAUGUUCACCUAGAGCAGAUGAAGGAGAUGCUUCUGACAUACAACGAGUACAACAAGGAGCUCGGGUAUGUCCAAGGCAUGUCGGAUCUCUUGGCACCAAUCUAUGCCGUGGUUCAAGAUGAUGCCGUGGCCUUUUGGGCGUUUCAGAUGUUCAUGGACCGCAUGGAACGUAAUUUCUUGCGAGACCAGUCAGGCAUGAGAGGCCAGCUGCUGGCCCUGGACCAACUUGUUCACUUCAUGGACCCUAAGCUCUGGGAUCACCUGCAAAAGACCGACAGCACCAACUUCUUCUUCUUCUUCCGCAUGAUACUGGUGUGGUACAAGCGAGAGUUUGAGUGGCUGGAUGUGCUUAAGCUUUGGGAGUGCCUGUGGACGGAUUAUUACACCUCAAGCUUCCACCUCUUCAUUGCCUUGGCUAUCCUCGAAAAGCACAGGGAUGUUAUCAUGACCCAUCUACAGGCGUUUGAUGAAGUUCUUAAAUAUGUGAACGAGCUGUCCGGUACUAUUGACCUUGAGUCGACCCUGAUUCGCGCAGAGGUUCUUUUCCGCCGGUUCCAGCGACUGGUUGAGGCAGUCGACAAGAAACACAACUUUCCGCCUCCUAGAACAGAAAGCCCAGGUCAAUCAAGCGCCAACACAGCUAAACAGCCUCCCUCAAAGGGCAAGGCUAAUAUAGCGCCGUCAAAGCAGGAUAAGGUGAUCACUCCCGAGCUGCGGAAGCUGCUUAGCCGAAAAAUCGAUUUCUUGGAGAAAAAGCCCAAGGCGGCUGUGCAGGCUGAUGGAUCGGCCGAUUCGAAAUGA